AUGGGAGCCAGCCACACUGAUGCUAGGCGACGUGAGUUCCUAAAUCUUACUCAGGGUGACCGUUCAGUGGCUGAGUACGAGGCUGAGUUCUUUAAAUUGAGUCAUUAUGUGAGGGGCAUGGUGGCGACCGAGUACGAGCACUGUGUCCGAUUUGAGGAUAGUCUCCAUCUACGGGUUCUGAUAGCUCUACAGAGGGAGCGAGAUUUCUCAGCCUUAGUCGAGAAGGCUAAGAUUGCCGAGGAGGUGAAGCACUCCGAGCGUCAAAACCGUGAAGAAGGGAAGGUUAAGAGGGAUACGAAUACUGCGAUGAGGCCUAAGAAAAAGGCCAUGACUGAUGGGCCCGUGAGAGCUAAGCCUACUAUUGCUGUUCCUGGUGGGGUGGUGAUGUGUCAGCUCUGUAAUAGACGUCAUCCAGGCGUGUGUUGGAGGGCUACUGGAGGUUGUUUGAGGUGUGAUUCAACUGAGCAUCGUGCUAAAGAUUGUCCACUGAAAAGUAAUCAGAUGCAAGCUCCGGUGGUUGAGACUGCAGGGGUACAGCAACCACCUAAGGGUAGGGGACAGGUUAGGGGUAGUAACGGUAUAGGUCAAGGCUUUACACAUUCCAAUGUUGCAUGUUCUGUGUCCGAGACUCUGGGAAUUCUGUGUGAGAGAACUUCUAGUAAGAUUUCAGUGGUGAGUCUGUUGGGGCUGCCUAUUAGGGUCAGUAAACUAUUUAGAAACGUUACGUUGGAAGUCCAAGGAACAGUAUUCUUGGCUGAUCUGAUGGAACUUUCGUUUUGGGAGUUCAACUUAAUUCUAGGCAUGGACUGGUUGGUGAAGCAUCAUGUAAGUCUGGAUUGUGCUGAAAAGAGGGUUGUUUUGAGGAUCGGGGAGGAUGUUGAGAUAGUCGCAAUUGGAGAACAACGAAAUUAUUUGAGUAAUGUGAUCUCUGUAUUGGUAGCGGAGAAGGAGUUAACCUUUUUAGGACAUGUGGUGUCUGUUGGGGGAAUUCGUGUUGAUCCUCGUAAGAUUGAGGCUGUGUUGAAUUAG